CACACCCCCUCGCUGACUUGACCACACAACCCCAUGUUGGAAAUAGAUACGGCCGUUCGGCGCUGACACAAAAGGAGGAAAAACACAAUAGGGAGGGAUAGAAAAUACCACACGAGGACCUAUCAGGAACGGGCGAGUGCUGGUGAAUCAAGUGCGCUCAAGGAAUGUGACAGUUUUUUUUUGAGAAAAAAAAUAUAAAUCGUCUACUAAUUGUUCCCCCAUCGCGGAGGGGAUCUGAUCUCAAACACACGCCGCAGCCGCCCGAUUUUAUGGACGCUUGAAGUGAGCGGCCCCGAGGCGGCUGGCGCUAACUGGACAGGAGCCUGGGGGGUUGCUGUGGCCCCGAGCUCGCCUACACGACACCCCCUCCCACCCCUCCGAUCGAGAGGCGGAGAGGACGCCGGCCGGUGGUGGGUGGGGGGCCGCCCGAUCGUUUGCUACCGCUCGCCCUCCGAUCGCGGGCUGCUGCUGCUGCUUAACGCCACUUUUGCGAGGUGACCAGGCGCCGGGUUGACGUGAUCGGAAGGGAUAUGUCCUCGCCUACCGUAACCACUCCAACGGAGAAAGUAGAUGGAUUCACCCGCAAGUCCGUUCGGAAGACCAAGCAGAAGCGCUCGCAGAGCUCCUCGCAGUACAAGAUCCAGGGUAAAGCCGUCGACUUGAACCCCCUGCCUCUACUGAAAGAUGUUUCAACAACGGAGAAAGUCAUGCUCUUUCAGAAGAAAUUACAGCAGUGUUGUGUCGUAUUUGAUUUCAUGGAUUCAUUAGCAGACCUUAAAAUGAAGGAGUAUAAGCGCUCAACCCUUAGUGAAUUGGUAGACUUUGUUGCUGUGGGUCGAGGAAUCUUGACGGAACAAACAUAUCCUGAAAUAGUUAAAAUGGUUUCUUUAAAUAUUUUUAGGACACUCCCACCUUCAGAUACUUCAGAGUUUGACCCAGAAGAAGAUGAACCAACACUGGAGGCAUCCUGGCCUCACUUACAGCUUGUAUAUGAAUUCUUCAUUCGAUUCUUAGAGAGUCAAGAAUUCCAGCCCAGCAUUGCCAAAAAAUAUGUAGAUCAGAAAUUUAUAUUGCAGCUUUUGGAGCUGUUCAACAGUGAAGAUCCUCGGGAGCGAGACUAUCUGAAGACCGUCUUACACAGAAUCUAUGGAAAGUUUCUUGGACUUAGGGCGUUUAUUCGAAAACAAAUUAACAAUAUUUUUCUACAAUUUGUUUAUGAAACAGAACAUUUUAAUGGUGUAGCUGAGCUUCUGGAAAUAUUAGGAAGUAUAAUAAAUGGGUUUGCAUUGCCUCUCAAGGCUGAACACAAGCAAUUUCUGAUCAAGGUGCUGCUGCCUUUACAUACUGUGAGGAGUUUAUCACUUUUCCACGCACAGUUGGCAUAUUGCAUUGUACAGUUUCUUGAAAAAGAUCCAACAUUAACUGAACCGGUCGUCAGGGGUUUACUAAAGUUUUGGCCAAAAACAUGCAGUCAGAAAGAGGUCAUGUUUCUUGGGGAAAUGGAAGAAAUCCUGGAUGUUAUUGAGCCUACACAGUUUGUAAAAAUUCAGGACCCACUCUUCAAGCAAAUUUCCAGAUGUGUUUCCAGUCCUCAUUUCCAGGUGGCCGAGAGGGCGCUCUAUUACUGGAACAAUGAAUACAUUAUGAGUUUGAUAGAAGAAAAUUCAGCUGUAAUCCUCCCCAUCAUGUUUCCCAGCCUCUAUAGAAUCUCCAAAGAACACUGGAACCCGGCAAUUGUAGCUUUAGUCUACAAUGUAUUGAAGGCUUUUAUGGAAAUGAACGGCCCCUUGUUUGAUGAGCUGACAGCAACCUACAAGUCAGAUCGGCAAAAAGAAAAGAAAAAGGAAAAGGAGCGGGAAGAACUUUGGAAAAAAUUGGGUGCUCUUGAAAUAAAGAAAGGUGUGAAAAAAGGGAUUUCAUCUUAAAGAAGCAUGGUACCAAUAUUCCAUGGUAUACAUUUAUGUAGUAAGAGAUGGAUCAAUGGUCUUUUGUAUUGUGCUACUUUACAGUAGAUUUCACAUCUGUUUCAUUAUGAAUGACAGUUCUGUAACAGUACUGUAUAUAACUUUUCUCAUGUUUAAAUAGUAUGGCAAAAGGAGGGGAACCAAUACAAAACUUGUACAGUAGAUUGAUGUCUGAGAAUUCUUAUGUAAAUGUAGUCAUUGUUUAACUUUUUCCAAAAAAGAAGAAAAAACAUCCUUUUGCAUUAGCACAGAUACUCCAAGAAGUUUGCUAUUUCAAAAUACCCAGAUAUGUUUCCCUACUUAUUGGUGGCAGACCGCAAGAAAAUAUUUUUUUAGACUGAAGAUUGUGUUCUGCUUGUCCCUGUGACUUUGCUGCAAUUUAAUUUAUAGUUACAGAAAAGUUUGUGGAUGUUUUCUUUUUAAUUUGUUGGUUUUAAACCUCUUAUGGUGUUAAAAUACCUCUAGACACAGCACACUAAACUGUGUAAAGGUUAAUAUCCAUGUGCAUCAAGAUGCUGUUCAUUAUUUUUUUACCUAGAAGUGUAUUAAAAUGCACUGCCAGGAGAUACGGUAUACUGAAUAUUAAAGUAUCUGUUAAAGAUACAUAAUUGUUUUGUUUGGAUACGGAACUGAAUAAACAAAAUGUAGACAGUAAAGAACCAAAUUUUAAGUUUGGGUAUAUAUUGUUCAUUGGAAUUAUAGACUACAUAUCCUCUUUAACCUGCUGUAUUUCACACUUGCAUCGAGCAUCAUUAAUUCAUACAACUAGCUUUAAUUUGAAGAUUCCCGUAUGGAAGUGAACACACUUCCCUAAUCCAUAACUAGUGCAUAUUUUGGUGCAUUAUUCAUGGUGUGUAUGAGAUUCCGUGUUUCAGUUAUAUUCAGUGUUGUGUGGCACGACACUUGUGUUGUUGGGAUUGUGUACCUGACUAAUUUAAUAAGGGGGGAGUGGGUCAUCAAUACCAUACGCAUCUUAACCUUUUUAAAAAAUCUAAUGAAGCAGUAGGGAAUUGAGCCAUAAUGUCUUGUGGCAUAAUAAGCCCUGUGUUGAUCCAGUUGGAAUGUUACACUACCAGUGUUAUAUUGCUCCAUGUGUCACACCACUCUGUUGAUGUAACAGCUUUUUUUGAAAUCCCACCAGGUGUGGGAAAGAGUAGGGUAUAAAACUUUGUUUUUUUUUAAAUAAAACUUUUUUUGUAAUUUUUAAAAAUUUUACUGCAGAUCUGACAUGCGCAUCGUCUUGCACUGUUCCCAACCUACAAAGGAAACCCACCUCAGACUUUACAAAAAAAAAAGAGCAUUGAGCUUCACAGGUUUUGCUCAGUCUUGCUCUUCAAAAUGUAAUAAGCUGCCCCUGUUAAAUCUGAUGGCCAUGUUAAUAUGAUUUCUUUCAGCUUUUGGAAAAAACUGAGUGGCUGAAAGGAAUUACUGCCUCAUCAAGCAAUAUAUGCUGUUUAAUAAUUACUCAUUGUUUCAAAUUUUGAUGCAAAAUAUUUGCACUCAAUUAGUACUGGUUACUGUACCGUACAUGUUGUACUUCAGAACGGCACUUUUACAGGUGCAAAAAGUAACCAGAGAUUUAAUGUGGGUGUGUUACUUAUCUGCUCUUUAUUUACUCGUUUUGUGUGUGAUGCUCAAAAGCAAAAAAAAAUCUUGAGAGCAGAAAUAAGAGACUUCAGGGAUGACUGGGGCUUGAAAGAAACUUAUUCAACUUCUCUCAGUUGAGAAACAAAUUUAGAUUCUUAAGUGGGCUCCACAGUGCUUUCAAAAAGUAAUAAAUGGUGAAUGUGAUGAUGCACUGUAGUCUGUUAUUAGUCAGUAACCUCCCAUGUUUAAGCAAUCCAAGUAUUGCUUAGUGUGCACAUUGGUCAUAUAUGUGGUUUUUGAUACCAACAUAAAGUUACUGUAUUUCAUGACAGAUUACUGUGUGAAUGCCCUUAGGUCCGCUUUUGGAUCACAUAUUGUAAAUAGGCUGUAAUCAGAAGUUCAUGUAUGACUGCAGAGUUUUAAAAAUACAGAUCUUAUCAAUGAAUUGCUGGUGUUAUCUUCUUUAUCAAAUAUAGAACGACAAUGCCACACAUCUAGGAUGCUCUGUAAGGAAAAUGUACUUACAUAUUUUUCAUAUCUUUUUCUGGCAGUAUUACUAAAAUCCUGCAAUGUAUUAUUACGAUGUUGCAUAAUUGUACAGUAAUGAAUCAAACAUCCUAUAAAUUAUAUUCCUAAAACUGAGGUUAACUUUCCUGUUUUGUCAAAACGGCUGAUUUAAAGAGUAUUUUCAACUCAGUGGCAUUGCAUUAAACAUAAGAUGUUAAUACCCAAAUCACUUAUAUUAAACUGGCAUCAGUCAUAUUAAGGAUCACCUUAAUCACCACACAAAUACCAUAAGCUUUUUGUCCCCUGUGCGCCACUCAUCAUUGACCUGGGUCAGCUGUUUUUUUAAGUCUAACAUUGGAAUACAGAUUAAUUUAGUUGGUUUGUAUAAGACCAUAAGGUUUGUUAUGGUUUCUAUUAACCUUAUGGUAUAUAAGGUUUGCUAUGCAACAUGUUUUAGCAAUUUCCAAGUGUCUCACUCUUUCUGUUCCUUGCUAGAGAAUUAGAAAUGAAACCAAUGUAAAAGAACCAUGUAAACAAAGUGUUGUUGAUCUUGGCUUUACUUUCUCAUAUACUGUCAAUGGUAAAGAACUGAUGUCAUUAAUACUCAGCAAAGAAAUCCAAUUUACAUGAAACACAAUGCAUUGAGCAAUAAUUUUGUGAAAUUACACACUGAAAGCUAUUGUAUGGAACUUAAAUGUAAAUUUCUUUCCUUAGUGUGCAUUGUAUAAAAUUUGAUAUAGUAGUCUUGCUGAUCUGGAAGCAACAUUUUAAUAACAUUUAAUGAGUAAAAUUCAAAAUUUAUGUGACUCAAUUCAUUUUUCAGUUUAAUGACAAUUUCUUAUGUCUAAUUGACAUUUUAUUUAUUGCUUUUGUAACCGUUAUGAAGAUUUGAUGUGGAACUGUUCAGAAGGUCUUUAAUGCUGCGCUCCAGGACAAUGUUUCACAUUAAACUUGAA